AUGAAAAAUAGUAUUGGAUAGUUCAUGGCUGAUUUAAAGCAUGCUAUUUAAGAAUUUGAGGAAAGUAAAAUAAUGGAAGAAAUUGUUCCAAGAAAAUUCAAUAAUUAAAAUGUUAAUGAAAAUUAAGACAUGGAAGGAUUAACAUAAUGUCUUUCAGUACCACUUUACGAUCUAUUAGAUCGAGGAGGCAAAAGAAUAAGACCUUAUUUUUGUAUGUUAAUUGCAGAUUUAUUUUUACAAAGUCGUAAAUUAGUUUACGAAGUUGCAGGCUGUGUUGAAAUUAUUCAUAAUGGUACUUUAAUUAUAGACGAUAUUGAAGAUAGCAGGUGAUAAUUUCUUUAUAAUUUUUUUAGUAAAGUAAGAAGAAAUGAUUAAUGUAUCCACAUAAAAUAUGGAUUAGAUGUAGCAGCAAAUGCUUCAAGUUAUGCUUAUUUUGCUCCUUUAUAGUAUUUUUUGAAUAAAACAAAAUAUUCCAAUGAAAUGAAAUUAAAAAUAUUGCAAAUAUGUAUUCAAAAUAUGACAGAGGCACAUUUAGGAUAAGCUUGGGAUAUAAAAUGGCAUCGUUCAACUGAUUAUAUUNCCAAAAUAUAUUAUUAAUUUUAUAUAUGUUUAAUUAGUAUUUUCUCUUUAUAUAAAUAUUUUUAUCUAUCAACUAAUUUAUUGUAUUUUACAUUUGUUUAUUACAAAACUCAAUUUUUCAUUUAAAAAAUUUAAAACCCCUAAAAUCCAUAGAAUUAUUAAAAUAAAAAGAAAUAAAUUUAAGAAAUUUCGAAAAUUUAUAUUGAAUGA